AUGACAACAACCACAUCUCGCCCCCCCACAUCACCAGACCCAGAAGAAGUCGAACUAGAUACAGAGAUCACCUCAAUCCGUGCCGAAAUCCAAACCCUCCAAAAACACAAGCGCAUCCUCACAUCCAGCCUCCUAACAACCGACCCAAUCCAAAAACUCCUCCGCAAACAACAACCCCAACCCCCCACAACAACAAACCAAACCGACCCCCUGGCAACAAUCUCCCCCCUAGUCCACGCCGCCGGCGCACAUACCUCCUCAAACCACCACCGCAUCGCCUUCGGCGCAACCGCCUUCCCAUUCAAAGACCCAUCCCCAAAAGCCAGCGCCACGCCCCUCCUCGGCGUGCGCAUCGACGUAUGCACCCGCAACGGCCGUUUCGCGAAACCAUACUACAUACUCCUCCAACAUGAGCGGAGUCGCGCGGGCCCCGGGUCAGGUUCUACGAAGGUAUUGAAGGUCCAUCGACACACGGUUCCGGGGUUUAUAUCGAUGACGAAGCUAGAGAGUGUUUACCUGCCGCGUCCUGGAGUAUCGCGCGACAAUGGAGACGGGGAGGGAUCGUCCGGAGAGGAUGAGGAUGCUGAACCCGCGAAGCCAUCGAAGAAGAGCGGCGGUUCUACUCGGAAACAGGAUCUGCGGGGAUUUGUGCGCGAGCUUCGGAGGGAGCUUGUUGCGUGGCAUAUGCGUGUUGAUGCGAUUGACUUCCUGCGCGAGAAAUUGGGUCUUGUUGGUGAAAGUGGGAAGGCGUUGCCGUUUGAUGUUUCGCCGGAUCGGGAUACGGGGAUUGUGUCUUUAGCUGCUGUUGGGGCUGAGGCGCGGUAUGUGCGGGUUGAGUGGGUUGAUGGUCGGGUUGGGCGGUUUAAAUUGUCUAAUGCUGGGGUUGUGGAGCGGGCUGUUGUUAUUGGUGAUGAGGGGAGGGAUAAGAAGGUUGAGGAUGCGAUGACUGGGGGUGGGGGGAGAGUUGAGACUGUUUUGGAUAGGUUGAGGGUGGAUGUGUUGUCUGCAUCACCUGCCACGCCUAGCACGCCUGGAGUAUGA